AUGGCUCCAAAGAAACAAGUAGAGGAGAAGAAAGUACCAUUGGGAAGGCCAGGCAAUAACCUCAAAAGUGGUAUUGUUGGCCUUGCCAAUGUGGGCAAAUCAACACUCUUCCAAUCGAUCACAAAAUGCUCCCUCGGCAAUCCUGCUAAUUUUCCAUUCGCGACUAUUGAACCUGAAGAAGCUCGAGUCCUUGUCCCUGACGCCCGGUAUGACUGGCUAUGCGAGCAAUACAAGCCGAAAUCUAGAGUGCCUGCCAAUCUCACGGUCUACGAUAUUGCGGGUCUGACUCGAGGUGCCUCCACGGGUGCCGGCUUGGGAAAUGCCUUCUUAUCACAUAUACGAGCAGUAGACGCGAUAUUUCAGGUCGUCAGAUGUUUUGACGAUGCGGAAAUUACUCACGUAGAGGGCGAUGUAGAUCCCAUCCGAGAUUUGGACAUCAUCAGUGAAGAGCUUCGGAUCAAGGACAUCGAGUUCGUGGAGAAAGCACUCGAAAAUCUGAAAAAGCAGACGAGAAGAGGAGGCCAGAGUCUGGAAAUGAAGAAACUGAAAGAGGAAGAAGCCACUGUAGAGAAGAUUCUUGCUCUGCUAAACGAUGGCAAAGAUAUCAGGCAUGAACAUUGGCAGCCAAAAGAAAUCGAAAUCAUAAAUCCGCUAUUCCUCCUCACAGCAAAACCUGUCGUAUUCCUCAUCAACCUCUCCGAAAAAGACUACAUCCGUCAAAAGAACAAGCAUCUCCCUAAGGUCAUGGAAUGGAUCAAGUCUCACGCACCUUCCGAACCCAUAAUCCCCAUCAGCAUUACCUUCGAGGAGCGCCUGACACUCCUCCACAACGAAGAAGAGGCGGCGGAAGAAUGCAAAAAACUCGGCACUAAGAGCGCCUUACCGAAAGUAGUCACCACGAUGCGACAAGCGUUGGACUUGGGGAGUUUCUUUACUACAGGCACGGAUGAAGUAAGACAAUGGACGAUAAGAAAGGGAACGAAGGCUCCGCAAGCGGCUGGGGUCAUUCAUGGCGAUUUCGAGAAAACAUUCAUUCAGGUGAUCGUAUACAAUUAUGAUGUGCUGAGGGAGUUGGGGGACGAGGCAGAGGUGAAAGCGAAGGGAAAGGUUAUGACGAAGGGGAAGGAUUAUGUGGUGGAGGAUGGAGACAUUAUACUUAUCAAAGCAGGAGCAGCUAAGGGGUAG